AACCCUACAAUACCACAAAAAUACUUCAUAUCUCUUGUUACUUUUUUCUCCACAUAUACAAAUAUUUCAUAUAGAGUUGUUGGAGAAGCGAGGCCACUUUUAUGGUGUUGUAAUAUAUUUCUUAUUACACGGGUAUUGCAGGUUAAUAAUGCCUUCAUCUAGUGAAAGUGAUAUACCUGAUCCAUUUGUAACUAAACGUCGGAAAAAGAAGAAAAUUAUACAUAAAAAGGCACCAAGUUCUCAGAAAUCAGUUUCUGCCAGUUCAAGUGAAGUUGUAUCUAAAAUCACCAACUUAUCAAGAUAUCUUCCGUCAAAGAAGCUAACUGAAAAGAACAAGAAUAAGAAAAGAUGGAAGGAUAUUAGAAAACAAAAUCAAAAGGUCGAUAGCGUUGUUCUGAAGAAAAGCAAAGGGAUUUGCAAAAGCAAAAAUUUGCCCAAAGGAAAGAGUUUAAAGAAAUUACAAUUGGCAAUGGGUGUAAAAUGUUCAAAAGAUGAGAAGAAAGACAAACAAGCUGAGCACAUUCAUAAAUUACAAGAGAAACUUAAUGCUGCAAGGUUCCGUUACUUAAAUGAAAAAUUAUAUACUGAAACUGGACAGAAAUCAUACAUUUAUUUCCAGUCUGACAAAGAAGCAUUCAAAAUAUAUCACAGUGGUUUCCAAAGUCAGGUGAAAAAGUGGCCUGUGAAUCCUCUUGAAAAAAUCCUUGAUUAUGUACGACAGACACCACGCUCAUCAAAGGUUGUAGACUUUGGUUGUGGUGAGGCUCUGCUCGCACAAAGUGUCCCACAUGAAGUGUUCUCAUAUGAUCUUGUGGCUUUGAACAAACAUGUCACUGCUUGUGAUAUGGCACAUGUGCCACUCAAGAUUGCCAGUAUGGAUACAGCUGUCUUUUGUUUGUCUUUGAUGGGUACCAAUAUGGUUGACUACAUUGCUGAAGCUGCUCGGGUACUGAAACACAAAGGUAUCUUGCUAGUUGCUGAAGUGGUCAGUCGAUUCAAGAAACAGCUUGACUUUGUGAGAGAAAUUGAGAAAAUGGGUUUCUCACAUUUGUCAACUACCAAUUACAAACUGUUUGUGAUAAUGAAAUUUAUGAGAGAUUCUUCAAAAUCUAAAAAAGAAAAACAGAACAUUUCUCUAAGCUUAAAGCCAUGCUUGUAUAAGAAGAGAUGAUGUGCCUUUGACUUGACAUUAAUUUAGCUUAAGUUCUAUUUAUGUUUCAUUUUCUUUAUUCUGUAAAGAAUAUAUUCCCCAUUUACAGAAACAACCAGACCAUGUUCCAUACAUACACUGUAUAUGCCUUCAUGUCUAUACACUAACAUUAGAUUAAAAACGUACUCCAAUAGUACAGAUGACUAUGGUUACAUAUUGAAAUUAUACUGACUACAUUCAAUUUUUCAUCUAUGAAACAUACAAACACAAACACACACUUGUCUACAAGAAUGCAUGCAUAUAGAAAAUGUUAAAUAGUUAUUUAAAAUUGUGCAUAUGCUCAUAUAUAUAAUAAGAAAUGCAUACAUACUUUUAUUUUGUAUAACUAUUGCCACCCUGUCUAUCAAAACACUGUAUUAAUCUGCUAUAUAUUGUAAAUUAUGUGCCUUGACUAAACCAUAACCUCAUUGCAUAUCAAAACACGUCUUCCAUGCCACAUUGAUGAUGCUUUGUGUAACAUAUCGAAAUUUUAUACAACAUUUCACCAUAACUUAUAUUAUCAUGCUUUUAAAAAGCUGCUAUUCUUUUGGUACAUGUAGCCUCAGUAUUUGAAUAAUGAUUUCUCAUGUCAACACAAAUUGUAAAGGAGUGCAUAGUUGAUUGAAUCGCAAAAUAUCUGAAAUAUGAAAAGCAGGAGUCAGAGUUAACAUUAAGGUAUAUAAUUAAACACUAUAAGGCACUUUGGGUGGCAGCUUAUCAUUUCUAUCAUUCAUUGAGAUCCUAAAACCAAGCUGCUAUGUAAAAAGCAUUGGUGUGGAUGCUGGUGCCAUGUAAAAAAAAGCAACCAGUAUACUUUGUAAAGUGGUUGACAUCAGGAAGGGCAUCCAGUCGUAGAAUCCAAGCCAAACACUGUGGAACAUUGCAUGGCCCCUGGCCUUGCCAGUCCCUAUCAAACCUCCAACCCAUGCCAGCAUGGAAAACAGACGUUGGAUGAUGAUGAUGAUGAUGAUACUGUCCUUGUAGGGCUUUAAUAUUAAUUUGAAGAAUAUAUAGAUAUUGAGACUGGGGUGUUGUAUUAAAUAUAUUGAAAGUAUUUUGGGGUUGUCUCCCUUUAUGUUCUGAGUUCAAAUCCGGCUAAGGUUCACUUUACAUUUAAUCUCUUUGGAUUUGAUAAAUUAUCUACUGAGAUUGAAAUAGUUGACUAUAGACUCCACUUCUGUACAAAUUUUUGGCUUGUGUUCUUAUAUCAGUGGAUUGCAGCCAUGCUUGGGCACCACCUUGAAGGGUGUAGCCAAAUAAAUUGACCCCAGCACUUAAUUGAAGCCUGGUACUUAUUCUAUCAGUCUCUUUUGCUGAUCUACUAAGUCAGAAAGACAUAAACUAACAUAAGUUGUCAAGCAUUGGUGGGGACAAACACAAAGACACACACACACACACACAUAGAGGACCAGCUCCUUUCAGUUUCCUUCUAUCAAAUCCAUCCACUUUGGUUGGCCUGAAGCUAUAAUGGAAAACACUUGUUCAAGGUACUGUGCAAUGGGACUGAAUCGAAGACCAUAUGGUUGGGAACCAGAUUUCUUACCACACAGCCAUACCUGUGUCUGUGUUACAAAUCAUAAAUUAAAUGGAUGAGGCUGAUAGCUAAAAUGGUAGUGCUAGACCAAAUCUCUCAGAGUUUAUGGAUUUAUUAUGUGUAACUGAAGACUCAGUAUUUGUUGUUGACUUAUCUCCGGUAUAGUUGGAGAAUAUCUAGCAUGUUCUUGUCUUGAAGAAUUUUAUUACAAAGGAGUGCUGAAAAGUUCCUGGCAUUGAGGGUAUUGUGAAAGGCCUAGUUGGAGGCCCAACCUUCCAAGUUCUUUACAGGGCUUAGAAAAGCUGAGGGACUGCUGCAACAAGUUUGUGAAUCUGAGAGAAGAAUGUGAUGAAUAAAAAUAUAAUUAACUGACCCUCCUGUAUUUUCUUUUACCUCAAACCAAGAACUUUUCAGUACCCCAUCGUAUAUGGUGUAUCAAAUGCUGCAGUUCAUUACAGAAGAAAUAAUUGAGUAGGCAUGGGAAUGUAACAAUUUAGAAUGAGAUCCCUCUAAUCUUGCUCUAGUCAUUACUAACUUUGUUUUUCUGAACACGAAAGUUAGCCUGAUAUAGCCUUGACAUGGUGUUCUAUGCAGUAGGGGUAUUUUUGUUGUUCCUCUCUCAACACUGUGAUGGAGUUCCUGCAGUCUAUGUAAAGCUAAGUUGCUUGAUAUUAGAUCUAUUAAGUUCAGCACCAUACAUUUCUGCAUUAGAAUCAUACUGGGUGGUUAACACCAGCCCAGCACUAAUUAAGCAGGCCUGUGAUGUCCGGAUUAUCAAGGCUGAAACAUUUUCCAUUUCUAACUAUUUAAAUAUUUCUUUCUUUCCUAGUGUGUCUAAAUUACAUUAUUUGGUGUGCCUUUCCUAUUUUCUAGAUGAAAGGGUAUGCUCUGGAAGAGAUUAGGCUGCUAUGUAUAGCAUGUUGAGUGACAACAGACACUCCAUCAUAUUUCUAAUGGGUGUAUAAAAUAUUUACAUUAGUAAUGUAUUUAAGAAUAAGCUAAUUGACAGUUCUUAUUUGUUUUGUAUUUUUUCUUAAGAGUAUUUGGUCGCAUUGGGUUUGGCAAAGUGUAUUUCAAUGAUUUUUCAAUGCUUAACCAUCCUGUAUGUGUGUUCAGCUAGAUCUUGUAAGAAUCAUAUGCACAUACUUUAAAAGUCUGUCCAAAAAGAAACUAAUCUUUAAAAAAAAACAUGAAUUCAUUUCUUGUGAUUUAAUCGUGCUUGUCUCUUUCAAAAUAGUUCUUUCACUGUUCAUGCAUUUCCCCCAACAUUUUUGUCAAUUCUGGAAUAAUUUUUUGGUGUAAUGCACAGCUCCGUAAUAGAUUUUCUUCAACAUCUAUCAUCUGAAAUAGACAGCUUUCAGUAUUGAGAACUAAAACUCAGCAGACCCCAUCAGUGGCACAUAAAAGACAUCCGCUUCACUCUUGGAAUGGUUGAUUUUAGGAAGGGCUGUAGAGUCUUCAUGCCUUUGCCAAAAAUCCUCAAAUAAAGAAUGACACCUGAACAAGUAUGUUAUGGUGCAGUAUCCAAAUUU